GAAGCAGUGCUCGGUCAGGACACUGAUUCGUUUCUCGAACCAGGAAAGUCGCCGGGAUUUGUUAAUGGCGAGCGCGAUAGUGAUCUGUCCUCACAUUCUUGUUCGGAAUCGCAGUCGCAAAGCAGCGGUGAUGUUGUUGCCAGCUGCCCAACUGUCCCUGCCACUACGCCUGUAGCCGCCCGAGAACCACCUGCCCUGUUUUGGAACUGUCACGAUGUCGGAAGUUUUCUGUACGGAAUGGCGAAACUGCCAGACAGCGACCAGGAACGGCUGGUCUUUCCCUUUGCGGAGGAAUUUAUCCUGAGUAAAAACGUCCCCACAUCAGCAACACGAUCGGAAAUCUGCUAGACAAAUCAGCCAACUUUGGUUGUUUGGCAUGACAAGUCCGUCCUUGUAUUGUAGUCCUGUUCAGCUAGUUCGGAAGCAUCACAGAGGUAGCUUAGCAUGCUGAUUAUAGCAUAACAAAUUCCAAAACACGACUGGAAAUUACUUCUCAUGGGCCUGCGCAUGAGAAACGUUUUUGGCAUGCAGAAUUUAUUGUGUGACACCUAUGGGGUGGGGACGUUUUUAGAACUGAUAGAAUUUUUGAGGAAGUUAUCCCACCCAGCCUGCUUCAACGCCAUCUUCUGCCACAAACCGUCCGCAAAAUUAGCGAAGGUGCACUUGCGGAAUCUGUCUAACAUUUUGUACUUCUGCACCGAGUGGCGGUGGCGCGAGGACGCGCUUUUGGUGCAGGUGUUGGGCAAAGUGAAAGCGAUCAAAGAGUUUGAGAAGCUGGAUUGGCUUGCGUGCGUGCAGAUCAUCCGGUGCAUGGCCAUUCUCGACUGCCGGGAUAAAAUGCUGGAAGAGAGGAUUUUUCGCGAGGCGAGGAACGUGAUGUUGGGAUCACGAUAUGGAGAGAAAAAAGUUUAUAUAUCACAGUCAUUAACUUGCAGGCUUUGCAUUUAGAAAUUUUUUUAGCAUCACAACUUUCCUCUGUAUUGCAGAAACACUAGAGAAAUCCCUUAUGAAGUGUGGCUGUGAUGCAUUUUUACGCAUGACAGAAAGUUUUGUCUUGCGAAAAUGCGCAUGAGUGAUCGUGACGAACUUUUUUUCUUUGAUGCACGACCAGAAAGUUGUACUAGAGGUAGAGCAUCUUCAACCGACGUCGAAACAUCCGAGGAGACUGCUACUUGUUGCGAAAGAACAAACGCAGCCGGAGGUGUUGCUUUUGGCGCCACAAAGGCGGCCGAAAACAAUUCUGGACUUGUGGAGCAGGGGCACCGCCGGAGUAAGGGAGGACGCAGCAGCAUCACUGGAUCAUCUUCACCAGAUUUGCGACAAGCCGCGAACGUUGUCUGGAGCUUCUGCGUGUUAGGGGCGAAUGGCGGCGCUAGUAGUCCUCAUCGUUCUAGUGCCGACGCAGCUGCAUCCACAACCUUGACUGCGACAAAACCGAUUGACUGGCACCAGGCUAGCGAGUUUCGCGAUUUCGCGCAAGCCUGUUUGUUCGCUCCAAUCAUGGAACUAGAGAGGGUAGCGAUGGCGCGAGAAGAAGGAGCGACCACAGCGUCGAGUAGAAAUUCUUGCACCACCGCCACAACUGCAAGCCGUCUUUCGAGCAGCUGCACUGGCCGCGGGGAAGAUGAUGACGACCGUAUGGCCCGAAGAUAUCAAGCGCAAAUACCGCCAGCGCCGCGUUCUACGCACCACCACCUACACCAGACGGAUCUCCGGAUGGCGCUGCGUGCAGCGAUAGCGCUGGAUUUCACUGCAGAGGCGGAUUUUUUGCGAGCGAAACUGCAGCGCCUGGCCGUGACGUCGCAGGUGAAGAAAUUGAACACUGCACCUACGGGUUCGGGAGCAGACCAUCAAGGCGCAGCUAAGCUGGGAGCUAGUAGAGCAGCUACUUUCGGCGCGACGAGGGCUUCGUCGACUCCGGCGUCUGCCGAUCCCCGCGGAGUGAGGUCGUCCUACAUCUCGCAGAACACGCCAUUCACCGCUUUUGCGCCCACUCUAUCGGAGAAGUACCUGACCCGGGAAAUGGACAGCUUCGGCUUGAAGCACCGACGCGAAGUCUGGAUCACGCUUAUUACAGUGAAAAGUGCCCCCACCCCUGAAAUUGCAAAUAUUAAUAUUUGUGAUGCGAAGUUUCCAAAUGAAAACUUUUUGUCAUGCAUGAAAGGCGUGCGAAUCUUUCUGAUGCAGAUUCUAGGCGUGUAUCGCAUCACUUGCAUGACAAGCGCCGCUCUUGCUGGGAUCUUUUGCAAUACAGAUUUUUGCUCUUCACGAUCGGAAACCUGUGAUGCUAAUAGAUGCAUGAGGGCGAGUGUUUCAUUUGGAAAGGUUUGCAAUACCAAUGCUCCCAGGUUCGGGGGUGGGGGCAUUUUUCAUUGUAAUAACGCUGUUGGACCGGUCUGUGGACUUUGUGUUGGAUGUCGAUCCACAGUUCUUGCUGUCGUCGCGAAGGAGGAGGAACUCUAACAGCCAAAUUGUUCCCGGCGAUACCAACAAUGGGACUGAUCACAAUCAGCAUUGUUCUCAUCAUGAUGUGGUCCACAGGCCUACCAGCUGCAAUUUCUCCUACCCAGAGGAGCGAGACCGGACCAUCAUUCUGGAAUACGACGGCCCAAAUCAUUUUUUCCGGAGCAAGGGCUGCGAAAGAACCCCCACCGGAAAAGACAAAUUCGAGACGUGGCUGCUGGCGAAAAGCGGCUACGAAUUCUUCCGUAUGCCCUAUCUCGACUGCGACCCUUUUCGCGGGGAGAGGACGAAGAAAAAUGUAUCCGGAGGUGGUGUAGUUUGUCGAGUCCAUGUCUUUUGUCAUUAUAGAAGAUGGAAAAAAUAAGAUCAGAUGCAUCUGCUCUUGAGGUCUGUGCCUAGUACGUGGUACGAUUGAAAUGCAAGAAAGCACAAUAGCAAUAGCUUCGUUUGCUUCUCGACUUUGCUGCAUGAGCACUGCAACUCUUUGGCGUGGAGGCAUCUGAUGUUAAUUUCACUGGCGAUCAGCAGCACCAUCUUCGACGGAAAUUUGUACAAUUGUACGUAUACAAGACUUUCGACUUGACAUUCUUUCACCCAGCAUAGACUCGGGAACGGCUGUGGAAGGUGCUGAAGCAGCGGCUGGCGGCGAAGAGACAGAACUUGUUGGAGGAUGCUGGGAAUCAAAUUGAUGAUGAUGAUAGUCCAUCGCCUGCUCAAACUGCAACCGCGGUUGCAGGGGCGUGAAAGAACUGGACUUCUUCUCACUCUUACAUCGUCUGAAGUCUGAGUUUGUCUUUGUUCUUAGGUGGAUUUUUUCCAAGAAAAAGCGCAACAUGCAGGGCGCUGAACAUUCGAAAAAUUUUUGUGUGCCGCGCUAUCUUCAAUCAUC